CAAUCGUUGUUCGGCUCUUGGUCGAUCAAUGAUGACAAGAUUGAAGCAUGCCUGAGAGCGAAGGAUGAGGAGGUGAGCGGCAUUUUCUGCACUAAAAAACGAGAAUCAUUGUGUAUUGUGUGAUUAUUAUUGAUCUAACGUUGAGAUGUUUAAUGGUCUUUUCUGAUUCAUCACAGAAACCUUUGUGCAACUUUAAGAGUCUCUGCUUUCUUACAAACUCAGAGAAACCCCAAAGUUGCUGCUGUUUACCGGAGCCUCAGGUCUAAGUCACCCCCCUCAGACUCAGCUGGGUCUGCUCUUAUCUUAAAGCCCACCAUGGAGCGUAAACUGUACCAGCCCCCUCCACAUGUCCGGGGUAUGACCUCCCUGGACAAAGAGGUGUUCACACAGACCAUCAGUGUCCCAGCUCUACGGGUGCCCACUGGAGUCUUAAAUAAAGUUGUCAAGAGCCUGAAGAAGUCAACCAUCCAGCGCCCUGGGAUACCCAGAGUGGUCCAAAACGCAGAGGACAGUGGUGACUUUCGUUUGGUCCUGUUAGACCCCUACAGGGUGAAGUCCUCAGACUCCUUCAGUGAGGCUGAGGCCGAGGCCCUGAGGUCCUUCAGUGUCUCUGAGGAGUUACAGGACUUUGAGCUUAAACUCACCUAUGACAACCUGAAGAGUGAAGAGGUGCUGGAGGCAGUUCUCCCACAGGGUCAGGAUGUGACCACUUCCUUCAGCAGGGUGGGACACAUCGCACACAUGAACCUGAGGGACCAUCAGCUCCCUUACAAGAACCUCAUAGGUGAGAGGAACACGAUAAAAUAAGAAUCAAGUCAAAUAUCUGUUUAAUCCCUGGGAUUUUUUUAGUUUUCUCUGUUUAAACAUUUGAAUCUGAUAUUCAACAAGUGCCAGCCCAAGCCUCAACGGGGCCCUAAGCAAAAUUUGAUUUUAGGACCCUCUAUUUCUGCCAAUAACAUUGAUUGUCAAUCAUUCACACACCUUCAAAAAUCUCUUAAAUUAACAGUCCAUGACAUGCAAACAUACCUUUUGUCUUUUUUUUUCUCUGCUCCUGAAGGAUAUGCCUUUUUGGCAACAUUGUUUUGCUUCACAACUACCUGCACUUUGGAUGCUCAGUGCACAUUACACAGCAGGAGGUAAAUAACGGUAGCGGAGCUUCGACAUAUCGGCAGUAAGGAUCAUAGGCCUACAUCAGCAGCAGCACUAAAAUGGUUUUACUUUAUUUUAUUUUAAUUUUACAAUAAUAUAUAUUUGAUCAUACAGAAAGCAUCACUUAUACAUGAAAAAAAAAUACUUUAAAAAUAUAUAUAUGGGCCAGCUCUGUGUUUAGGCCCUCGAAACUGGGAUGAUGAACAUCAUUCGUCACAUCGUUUGUGGUGAUGAAAUGAAGUGGAGGGCUGUUUCUGCUGUCUUUAUUUACUUGGAGUAUGUGAGAACAACUCAGAUUAAUCAAACUGAUCAAGACUUUGAGUUACUUUCAUCAACUCGAGCCUGUCAGAUUAAUCAAAACUGCUGAUAAACUGUUAAGUAGACACUACAUGGCACCACCUUUUGCUGCUUCAGUAACAUUUUAGAGAUGUAAUGUUAGAGGUAUAUAUUUUUUUAAACAAAGGUCUCUCUGCUGCAGGUUCAUAAAAAGUUACAAGAGUUGAAAAACUUAGUAUCAUACAGUAUAAAUAUGUAUCGGAUCCAGACCAAAAAGGAUUAACAUAUUUGUACAAGAUCUAAAACAAACCCUACCCAUACACCUUCCUACUCGACAUAUCACAGUGAAUUAGGAUUAGUUUCACAUUUUUAUCAGCCAACAUACAGAGAAAAAAAAACAACUUAGAUUACAGUAUUCUCUGUUUCUAUCUUUAAAAAAAAAGUAAAGUUGAGAAAGUUCCUGGUUCCACAAAAUCUCAGGGCAUAUGAGCAUCUUAUCCACUCGGGUAUCUUUGUGAUCCAGUGAGAGUAAUUAGAGGGGAACGUUUUUUUUUCACCUAAACAGUGUUAAGUGUCUGUUUAACAUAUUUAGCUCGUGGUUAUUAACAUUUACAUGCUGUGUUGUGAUAUCACUCAGGGUAGUGAAAGGGGAUGAAUUUAUUUGCACCUCUUAGCUUUUGGAAAGAGCAUCAGAAAAUAGACUAAAAACAGAUGAUCAGAGCAUAUUCUUGACUUUUAAUUUAUUUACAAAAGCAAGACGGAGCAGAGGACUUUGUGUCAUUUUUUGCCAUCUUUGUAAUAUCCUUCAUAUAUCCUUCACUUUAGGGCAAGUCAUCAUGGAUAAAACUCCAGGGAUCACUUGUGUAGUCAACAAGACUAACGUGAUUGAUUCCACUUACCGCAACUUCAAGAUGGAGGUGCUGGCUGGAGAGGAAAACAUGGUCACCAAAGUAGGUUGAUUAAAAAAAAAACAGAUGUUUUAUAUUAAUGUUACAUAUCUACUCCUAGAACCAUUCAGUUGCACUAAAAAAUCUCCCCAUCGUGACUUCAUGUUGUGAUCUUCUGUGUCUGUGCUGUAGGUCAGAGAAAACGGGGUAACAUAUGAGUUCGAUUUUUCUCGUGUCUACUGGAACUCGCGGCUGAGCACAGAGCACCAACGUGUUGUUGAGCUCAUCAAACGCGGUGACACUGUGUUCGAUGUGUUUGCCGGCGUUGGACCUUUUGCUAUCCCGGCUGCUCGCUCUGGCGCCAACGUUUUGGCCAAUGAUCUAAACCCUGAAUCCUACAGAUGGCUUCAGCACAACUGCAAACUCAACAAGGUGGAGAGCAAAGUCCGGACCUACAACAUGGAUGGCCGAGCGUUCAUCCAGGGACCCAUGAAGCAGGAGCUACCUGCGCUGCUGAAGAAGAAAGCUGGUAUCCACGUGGUAAUGAACCUGCCUGCAUUGGCUCUGGACUUCCUGGAUGCACUCAGAGGUCUGUUGAACCAGGAGCCUGGCUGCGAGGAGACACUACCCACAGUGCACUGCUAUGGUUUCUCUAAAGACGACAACCCAGACACAGACGUGAUUAAGAGGGCUUCUUGCAGCCUUGGAUUCCCCCUAGACGACAAAUGUUCUGUGCAUAAUGUGCGCAAUGUAGCACCAAACAAAGAGAUGAUGUGUGUGACAUUCACGAUCCCUAAAGAGGUCCUGUUCAGCAGUGAUGAAGAACAGACAGGUGAGGAUUCAACAAUGCAACAGGCACAAGUUUUUACAACAGGAGCUAUUAGGAGAGAGAAACAGAAUGGAUAGGUAAAAAAUAUUCAUCCUAAGGGUUAUUAACCUUCCUCCUGUGUUAACUUUUACUAUACAACCACUAUGUGAAGGGUAAGUUUCGACCUGUGUCUUAAAUCAUCUGUAAAUUACACUAAAAACAAUUCUCUAUCAUCCAAUUUGGUUCUCAUCUCUAGGUUACCUUGUUAGGCUUCAUUAUCCAUGAAAAUAUUGCUUAUAAUAGUUUUUGUUGUGGUCCUCUGGGCCUUUCUUUGUCAGUUUACCCCUCACACGGACAUCUAUACUGAACUGAUUUCACUUGUCUGGACAUCCCUGACGUUGUUUUUUGUGCAGGGGAAAACAUGGCAAAAUGAGAAUUUCCUGAAUCUCACAUGAUGGGAAGAAGACCUGACUGUCAGUGUGGUGCCUGACAGUGCUCCACACUUUAUUUAGUUUUUGCUCUAAUUAUUAGAUAAUAAAAUAACUGGGUCAACAGCGACACAAACAUGACAAGUGCCAUAAUUUUCAUAAGAACUUUUUACAAUUUAGUCAAUUUUUUAUUUUUAUUUUGUUGAAAUAGAGGUUCCUGACAAAGUCAAAAAGUCCUAAUGGUGCAGACCAUUAACACAGGAGGGGGUUAAGUGUUUGAAUACCUAAAAACUUAUUUUUGUUUGUAAGCGCCACACCACCACACAAUGACUGAUGCUAUAAAGCAUCAAAAUAUAAACAAUUAAGAUAAUAAAGAGUGAGAGUAGAACAUUAAAGAUAUGCACCAUCACACUGGUCUCCUGGAAUAUAUCACAAAAACACCUCGUUAAUUUGGCCUCCCUUUGCUGUUAGCAUUAAGUCAAAUUGUAGUCUGUGUUUAGUGGCUUUUCUGUACUGGCAGUGUGUUGGGGUUAGAAAUCAACAACUAGCCAUCUCAGGGGUUCGUGUUUUGGUUCUAAGGCAUUGAAAUAAAUAUUGAUUUUGUUUCGUUUUUUUCUUGUAUAUCAAUAUUUUGAAUAUUUUUUGUGUUUUUACAACUUUUUUUUUGUUUUUUGGUCUUUCCACAGAUUCAGCAGAACCAGCACCGAAGAGACAGAAGUGUGAGGGAGCUGCAGAUUCAACAUGAUAUCACACCGACCCCGUCAACAUUAGAGACGCGAGAAAAAAAGUGAAGAAUUUUUUGUUGGUACAUUUCUAAUUUUUUUAAAAAUUUUGUUGUCCCUUCAGAGACAUGUGUUGCAUCAUUUCAUGUACUAAUUUUUUUUUUUUUUUCGGUUUUAAAUAAAUCUGUGAAAGGACAGACAGAUAAG